GUUGCGGUUUCCGACGUCUCCGUCGGACUUUUGAAGUCAUGGAAUAUUUCACCCGGUCGACGAGCAUGGACUCGAAGCCCGCGGAGUGCAGCAGGGAAGUGUUCGCCGAAUUCCCUCGGAUAGUGCGAGCUCGUCACGUGGCUGUCCUCCAGGGGGGCGGUAAGCGGUGGGUGUGGAGCAGGCCGCCGUGCCCGUCCCUCUGCACUGCAUGGCUGCGAUGGCGCCCGCUCUUACCGACGCCCCAGCCGAAGCUCACCACAUCCGCUUCAAACUGGCUGCCCCGUCAUCGAGCUUGUCGCCAGCCAGCGCCGAGAACCACCCCAACGCCAGCAACAUCCUCAUCCACGGCAGCGGCCCCCCCAAGUGUAAGGUGGCCCCCGAAGACACGCGUCCCCUCGACUUGUGCGGCGGAGACCAGGAUCAUCAUCACCAGCAGCAGCAGCAGCCGCCGACCUCCCAAGGAGACUCCCUAGGGAAGCUCCAGCCCCUGGUGGCGUCAUACCUUUGCUCCGAUGUGACCCCCGUGCCCUCCUCUAAAGAGUCGAUCACGCUGCAAGGGGUCCUCAUCAAACAGUCGGUCUUGAAAAGUCACCGAAUCCUGCCCGGCUCCCUGCUCAACGGCGGAGACUUCCUGUUGAGGAAGCGGCACGCCAUAGAACUUUCCGGAGGCCAGCUCAAAAGCCUCAUGAGUGGCAGCGCCAACGGCGGCGGACAGCCGGUGGCGCCCGUCAACGGCCUGGCCAAGAAGCUGGCCGCCGUGCCCGGCUCCGGCUGCAUGAUGGCGGCGCUGAAUGGGGAUAAGGCUCCGGCGCACUCGCACGCGCCGGACACGCCGGCUCCCGUUCCCGCCAAAGGAAGCCUUAACUGCAAGCAUUCCCCGGGAGUUUGUCCAAAUUCGCAACCGUCGACUCUAUCUCCCUGUUCCCACGGCAACCACGAACCCGGGGGCGACGACGCAAAAUCGGCGGCGCAGUCACACGCUACCGACCGCGAGAGGCCGGGGUGCAGCCAGGGGUGCUCCCCAUCCCGUGCGUCCCCUUCGGACGCCGUCGACGCUCAAGUGGGGGAGCGCGCGCGCCUCAGCAGAAGCCGCCAGGCGGAGAUCGAAGGUCGCCUGCGGCGGUUGCGUAAGCGCCUGCAGGUGGUCCAGGCCAAGCAGGUGGAGCGCCACGUUCAGCAGCAGCUGGGCGGAUUCUUGGACUCGGCCGUCAGCCGCCUGUUGGCCGGAGGCCGCAAGGACCACGCUGGCCCUGCCGCGCCCUGGAGGACGGGACGCCACUCGAGCUUGAACAGCAGAGACGGCCUGGGACGCUUCCUGAAGAGCGGCACCGUGCCUUUGGAACUGGAAAGGUUGUAUCUGAGCGGCUCGGCCAACCUGCGUUCGGUGGAGAAAGCCUUCGACUCGGACGUGACGGAGAGCAGCUCCGGGGGGGACUCGGACCUGGAGGAGGAGGAGCUGAGCCGAGUGGACGUCGAGCAACGUCAUGUCAAAAUAUGGAAGCGUGCGGAGAGUCGCUACACGCUGGAGAGGGCGGCCAUCAUCAGUCACUGGAACUGGCUGCAGGCGCACAUCUCAGACUUGGAGUACCGCAUCCGACAGCAGACCGACAUCUUCAGGCAGAUCCGCACCAGCAAGGGCUCCGUGGAGCUGGGAGGGGUCAGCCCUCAAGAAGCCAAGACGGAGCCCGCAAACACUCAGGAUGCAUCUUCAGAGCGUGUGGAGCACAUCACCACAGCAGAACCUCGGAAAACUCAAAACGGGCAGCCAGUCAAUGGCGUCCUCAGCAGGGUGGCGGAGUGCAUUGACGCCAAGCACCAGCAGACGGCGGACAGCACGUGUGUGGCGGCGCGGACGCGGCCUCUGAUUGGCUGGCGGCGGCGGAGACUGAUCCAGCCCAACACCGUGGCUAACCUGACUGGAAAGGCGAGUCGAAGCAGCCGCGUCCCGCGCCCGUGCCGCGUCAACCCCGGCUGCGUGAUGUGCGGGGGCCGGCCCGCCCCCAGAGAGGACCCCCAGUUCCAGCUGCCGGUCCUGGAGCGCCUGUCCAGACUGGAUCUGGCCGUCCACCCCAUCCUGUCCUUCCCCGACGACGUGGGCGUGGGCCUUCGCGUGCAGCAGGCGAUGAAGACCUGCUGGAGCGGCCGGUCGCUGGAGAGGAGCAAACCCCUCAAGAAGUUCUCGCUCAAACACAAGCUGUCGUCAUCCAAAGAGAAGCACAAGUUCGCCAGCUCUCUCAUGGCAGUCAGGCUGGGCCACUACAAGAGUCGAGCGGACAAGUCGCGGACGCUGGAGGGCGGCGGCGGGGCCUGCAAGACGGAGCGACUGCACGCCGUCUCGGCGACGCCCGGCCCGUACGACAGGAACUUUAGCCGCAAGAGAUUACGAGAGCCCUCGUUGGACAGGAGCGACUCCUCUCCGAAAUUCUUCAUGGACUCCGGCGGCGUGCCUCAGUGUCCGGCGCUAUCCGGCGUCCACAGCCCCGUCACGCGACAGCUGUCCACAUCCUCAGACAACGCCGCACCGUUGCAGCCCAUCAAGAGGAGGCGGGGCGAAAGCUCCUUCGACAUCAACAACAUCGUCAUUCCCAUGUCUGUGGCCGCCACCACUCGAGUGGAGAAGCUGCAGUACAAAGAGAUCCUCACGCCCAGCUGGCGAGCCGUGGACGUCUUGUCUCAGCCCGGUGCGCAGGACGAGAACCAGCGGGAGGUGGAGGACUUGUCUGACGCGGCCUUCGUCCAGCUCCAUCAGCCGUACGAGGACCAGGAGCGUUCGCGCUGGACUUGGAUGGCGCUGGCGCCGGCCAAGCGACGGGGCAGCAGGUCAUAUAAGUCCGUGGACGGGCGCAGCACGCCGCUGUUGUGCGGCACCAACCCUCCUACCCCCCAGCCGGCGUCGCCCGAGCACGGGCACUACCCGCUGCUGCACGACUACGGGCACGUGCCCUCGCCCGCGAGCCCCCCCAGCCCCGACACGCCCUGCUCCCGGGACUCGCACCGCCUCGUGUCCAGCGAGGACACCAGAUGCUCCACGCCCGACUUCGCCUUCGAGGAAAGGACUGUGGCGCCGUGGGAGCGACGAAACUUCCCGCUGGCCGAAGACCCCGCACCGGAGCCCGAGGCGGAGGGCGGGCACGCGAGGACAGGGACGCGGAGCCCGUCGGGAUGCCGCCCCGACUCGGACGACAGCGAGUCGCCUUGUUUCCACGACGAUGGUGACGGCAAACGGCCGUGAGCGGACUUGUGCGCUUCCUGUUGUUUGAUAUUCAAACCUCAGUCAAUUCUUUCACAGUUUUUAGUGAACAUGACGCAACAUGUUACAAGUUGGAUUCGUGUCGUAGGCUAAACAUGUACAUGGGGGGGGUCAGCCGCGUUCAAUCCACGGCUCGUAGCGCACAUGUAGCGACUCCUACAAAAUGGCCAAAGGAUGUUUUUCUAUCCUUUAGUUUGCUUGUAAUUCCCAUGUACAUUUUAGUGGAGUGACAAAUAAGAAAAGAAAAGCUGGGGAAAAAGUCUGGCCCCUCCCAUCCACAUAAACAGGUACAUUUCGUGUGUGCCCCCCACCGUUUCCCUUCACUCCCCCCGGAGCAGAGCACUUGACUUUGGUUGCUUUCUUUUUCCAUUCCUGACACGUUCAUAUGUUGUGUGUUCCAGCGUAAAGUUGUGCGUCUUUGACUUGUGAAGCAUUCCUACUGACCCCCCCAUUUUCACCUCAUGCCCUCGAGGGCCGCACUUGUCCCAGGAGGCGUUAACAGUCACGUAGCAGGGCUGGGGUGGUCGAAGCUCUCGCCGUUCACACCGCGUUCCGCCCGUCGGCCGGCCGUCCGUCAACUUGAUUACUAUGCAAAAGGAAAAGUCAAAAAAAAAAAAAAAUCCAUAGUUUGCUUUUUUUGCCACAGCCAAUCACUGUCCUCUCCCGUAGUGACGUCACAUGUUGAUGUACCUGUUCCAUCGUUGCAGCAGUUCUUGCUAUUGUUUGCUUUUUGUAAAUAGUUCCAUUAAAACAUUUGUGUUCAA